AUGGCAGAAAAUCACGCAGGAAGAAGUCCACCCAGCUCCAUGGUUCUACUGAAUACUGCAAUGUUCAAGGAGAAAGAACCAGUCCUGUCCUUCUUCUACAAGACUCUCAGCAACGGAAUCACUGUUCAAAGUGUGGUUCUCUUCAUCAUCGCCUUCUUCCUCAUACUUUUCCUGCUGCUCAUCUGCUGUGUCGUGUGCUGUAGCAUUGGAGUACUACGGAGGAACAACUGCAAAUUCUCGCGAUCUCCAUCAUCUGCUAACGGGAAGUUUUUGGACACUUCCUAUCGAAUAUUCAACGAGCAGAAGGUGCACAAGUCUCGAAUUAGUGAGGAUCCUGUGAGCUUGUUUGGUACCGGGGACCACGACGAACACUCACCCUUGAGAGAAAAGCAGGAAGAAGACCCCUCCGAAUUCCCAAGGAGGUUUGCCUACUCAGACGCUCUACCCAAUCUGUACGGUGAAGAUACAGACGACGUCGAUGACAAACGUUCAGCAGCACCGCAUCAUUCGUUAUACGUCACUUCUAGUGUUCUUAUGGAUGGAGCCAAAGCUGAUGACAGUCACUAUCAUCAUAGUGGAUCAUCACAUGAAAUGCUCUUUCCAUAUGGUGCUGAAACAAUGUUCAAUUCUUCCCCACAGAUGAGUGCUUCGCAACGCUUCAUUGGAGCCAAAAAUCCGGACUCAUACUUCUCCUCGACGGCUGACACUUCAUCAUCCCUCACUGACACCCAUAGCACAGGGUUAAAUUUCACGCGAACAGCAUGUGAAUCGUCUUUGCAGCCACGGCGAGAUGGCAGCGAUCCGGGCAGUUUGCGAGGCGGAGGAAUGUCUCGUAGCAGUCACGUCUCAUCGCCAGAUGUUCCAAAAAUGUCAAUGCAGACAUUCAUGUCAUCCUAG